ACACAUCCCCCCCUCACCAUAAAACCCAUUUAACCUACACUCUCACCUCCACUGUCCCCAAACCAUGAGCCGGUGGUCCAUACUCACCCGCCGGUCACCGGCACCACUCACCAUGCUCACCCUCACCCUCUUCUCCCUCCUUCUCAUCCACCCCACCACCGCAUGGCGUCCAUACCCUCACCAAAACACCACCACAACCGACCUCCAACUCGGCCCCUCAAAAAAAUUCGAAGGCUCAUCGGAAUUCGUCAAACUCCGGUACCACAUGGGUCCAGUUCUCACUGCCAACAUCACCGUACACAUCAUCUGGUACGGCACAUGGGCCCGUUCUCAAAAACGUAUCAUCCGCGACUUCAUCAACUCUAUCUCAUCCACAACCGUUCGCUCGCCAUCCGUUUCCGGCUGGUGGAAAACGGUCCAACUCUACACCGACCAGACCGGUUCGAACAUCUCUCGAACCGUUCGACUCGGUGAAGAGAAAAACGACCGGUUAUUAUCCCACGGUAAAAAACUCACCCGUCUGUCCGUACAAUCGGUUAUAAAAGCCGCUGUAACUGCCAAAACAAAACCACUACCUAUUAAUCCCAAAAGCGGUAUUUAUCUCUUACUCACCGCGGAUGACGUUUACGUUCAGGAUUUUUGCCAGAACGUAUGCGGGUUUCAUUAUUUUACGUUCCCGUCCAUAGUAGGGUACACGCUACCCUACGCGUGGAUCGGGAACUCCGGAAAAAUGUGUCCGGGUACUUGCGCGUACCCGUUUGCAGUGCCGGAGUACAUCCCAGGUUUAAAACCUGUGAAAUCACCGAAUGGGGAUGUGGGAAUUGAUGGGAUGAUAAGUGUGAUAGGCCAUGAAAUUGCUGAGCUGGCAUCUAAUCCGCUAGUGAACGCUUGGUACGCCGGUCAGGAUCCGGUGGCGCCGGUGGAGAUUGCAGAUUUGUGUGAGGGGAUUUAUGGUACCGGUGGUGGUGGGUCCUACACGGGACAAAUGUUGAACGAUAGAGAUGGGGCCACGUAUAACAUGCACGGGAUCCGACGGAGGUUCUUAGUGCAGUGGGUUUGGAACCAUGUUGUAAAUUACUGUACUGGCCCUAAUGCUCUUGAUUGAUACCGGACAUAUGGUGUGUAAUAUUUUGGUUUGAACGAGGGCUGUCUUGUCCUUUUCCACUUACCAGUUUUCAAAAUUUUUGUCACUUUUUUUGUUGUCUGUUUUUUUUAUUAAUUAAUUAAGUAAAAUGAAAAAAAAAAGUAGAGUACAUAUUAUUUGUCCGUAUCUGAAAUUCCCGCCAUUCUUCUGUUACAUUCAGCAAGGACUGGUCCUUUACUUAUUUUAUUGGUGGUGUAGUUGGAUUUUUUAAUCA